AAGUUAAGGGGAUCAUGGUACGUUUGGGUGAUGCUGGUGGCUUUAGCUGUUGCGCAGGACGAAGAAACUCUUGAACCAGUUACUAUAGAAGAGUUCGUAAGUGGCCAGUAUGCUACGCGGAACUUCAACGGCAGUUGGAUUUCAGACCACGAGUUCACAUACACAAUAGCGGGAGAGCCUGGAAUCUACGCUUUCAAUGUUGAACUAUUGAACAGCACUGUACUCGUUUCCGGGGAACUUAUGGAAUUCCUCAAUACUUCCAAUCCUGUACUGUCACCAGAUGGUCGUUUCAUCUUAGCUUCAAGUGAAGAGCAGAAAGUAUAUAGAUACUCCACCACGGCUAAGUUCACAAUGUAUGAAAUCUCAACACAGAAUUGGUUUCACGUUGCUAACCAUGCGAGGCUUCAAUUGUGCAUAUUCGGCGGUGACCACGCCCUAGCGUAUGUUUUGGAUAACAACUUGUACUAUUUACCUGAAGACAGUACUGAAGCAAUAGCUAUCACUGACGAUGGCGUCGUCGGUGUGAUAUAUAACGGGCACACAGACUGGGUGUACGAAGAGGACGUUAUGUACACGGGUCAAGCUACGUGGUUCUCUCCCGAUGGUAGUUAUUUAGCUUAUGCCAGCUUUGAUGAUACUGAAGUGGACGCAUACUCAUACUAUUAUUAUGAAGACAUGACUGACCCUGACGACCUUUACCCAGAACUUGUAGACCUCAAGUAUCCUAAGGUCGGCCAUCCAAAUCCUACAGUCAAGUUCCGUGUAGUCAAUCUGGCCCUAACAACCAGUGAGAAUAUCGUGCAGGAAACUCUGGAAGCUCCACUCGAACACGUGACCGAAGACCAUAUUCUAGGUGGAGUUAUAUGGCCGACUACGCACGAAGUGGCCGCGCAUUGGCUUAACAGAAGGCAGAACUAUACUGUUUUAAGGAUCUGUCAUAUGCUCACUAAUAAUUGUGAGGAAGAAAUCCGCUCACAGCCCAAUGGAUGGGUGCCAACAGACUUGCCGAUUUUCAGUAGCGACGGUUCUUUCCAUAUGCAGCUGCGUUGGUCUCUACCACAGGCGUCCGGUUAUGUGUGGCAACAUCUAGUUCAAACUGUUAGAGUCGGUGGGGAAUUCUAUUCGACCUCAGUUACUCCUGGAGAAUUCACUGUUAAUAAUUACAUCGGCAUGGACGAGGAAAAUGUUGCUUACUACUUCACUCGCACAGUAACGGGCAGCCCGUGGCUAAGCCAGGUGCAUCGCGCUGGACCAACGGCCGCCUGCAUCAGCUGCAUCAUCACUAUGCCUGAUGGCGGACCCUGUACGUGGGCCACCGCCACCCUCAGCCAUGGCGGCCGCUAUAUGUCUAUCACCUGCUUGUCACCUAACGAGCCUACUGCCACCUUCUUGGUGGACCCGUUGGAGCUCGAGGUGCUGUACACGUGGGAGAACAACAUCCACGUUCGUGAGCGACUACAAAACAAGACCAGACCACAGAGUAUAAUAACAACGGUGCCCCUAGAGAGCGGCCACCCAGCCUCGGUUCGGUUACUUCUGCCGCCGGGGCUGGACGUGAACGAUACCAACACUAAAUACCCAUUAGUGUACUACGUGUAUUCCGGACCGAAUACAAACACUGUUUUCGAUACGUUUACAGUUGGUUACCACACGGUGCUCACGACUAACCAUGACACAGUUUACUUGCUUGCUGACGGACGGGGUGCUGGGCUCAACGGUCAAGAUAUUUUAUACUCGCUCAACAACAAACUUGGCACCGUAGAAGUAGAGGACCAUUUCGUUAUACUAAGGCAAGUGUUGGAUAAGUAUCAGUUCAUAGAUAGGUCGCGUGUCGCUAUCUGGGGACACAGUUACGGCGGAUAUGCGACGCUCCUGACCCUCGUGCAUGACGACGAUCACAUGUUCCAAUGCGGAGUCUCCGGCGCUCCGGUCACUUCCUGGAUUUACUACAACACGAUGUACACUGAACGCUACAUGGGUCGGCCUACCGAGGAAGAUAAUCUGGCUGGAUACCAAGCCGGCGAUGUAACGUUACUUGCUGAGAAACUCCGCGGACAUGACUUCUACGUCAUGCACGGGAAUGCUGACGAUAACGUGCACUAUCAGAACGCUGUUAAACUUUAUAAGGCCCUAGCGGAAUUGAAUAUACCCUUUAAUCAAAUGUCGUACCCAGAUGAGGCUCACAGCUUGGUUGGUGUAAAUCUUCAUCGGUAUUCCACGAUGAAUCGCUACUGGCAGAAAUGCAUCGGAAUGCCUGAAGCGCAUAUGUAA